AUGGACCCAUUACCACAACAGAAAAGAGAGCCGCCUCCGCCAGAAGAGAUCAACGGAGAACCAGAGUUUGUGGUCGAUAAAGUUUUAGCGUCCCGAUUAUUUGGCCGGAGUAAGAUAUUGCAAUACCAGGUCGCAUGGCAAGGAUGUGAUCCAGACGACACGUGGUACCCGGCUGAAAACUUCAAGAAUUCAGCGACAGCCCUUGACGACUUCCACAAGAAGUACAAAGAUGCCGCAGGACCGCCGAAGCGAUUGGCAAUCUGGAUAAAAGCCGCUGCCGAGGAUAAGUUGGACGAACCGAAUCAGGAGGAUAACGUGGCGGAGCAUGGAGAGUUAAACGGCAAUCAGGUCACCGAUCCAAAACUCAUACGUACCCAGGUCCACGUCGCAGUCGUCGCCCGGGAUGGCGUCGCACCAAAAAUGAGUUUCCAAAGUUGCAACCCCCUGCUCGAUAAAGAGCGAUACCAGAUAAGUCCUGGUCGCAUCCCACAUGACCCUGUCCAUGACCGGAUCGGGUGUGCCGACUUCUUGCAGGUUGAUUUGCGCGUUGAGAAGCUGUGCGAGAGCGUCAUUGUUAAACAGAGCUGCCACGCACCAGUACCUCUUGGGGCAGAGCUUGGUGAACAGCGAUCUGACGUGGUUGCAGUGCGCCUCCACGUUGUGCUCGCCUCUGUAAAAGACGCGCCGCGGCUGCGUUCCUCCCUCUUGGCGCCUGGGUCGAGUGGAGUGGUAUCUUCGGCUGUACGGCAUGGUCCAGAUAGACGGGACCGUAUUCCCAGAUAG